AUGAGGAUGUGUGACAGAGGUAUCCAGAUGUUGAUCACCACUGUGGGAGCCUUCGCAGCUUUUAGUUUAAUGACCAUUGCAGUGGGCACGGACUACUGGUUAUAUUCCAGAGGUGUGUGCAGGACUAAAUCUACAAGUGAUAAUGAAACCAGCAGGAAGAAUGAAGAAGUAAUGACCCAUUCGGGGCUGUGGAGGACCUGCUGCCUAGAAGGGGCUUUCCGAGGCGUGUGCAAGAAAAUCGAUCACUUUCCUGAAGAUGCUGACUACGAACAGGAUACGGCUGAGUAUCUCUUGCGGGCCGUGAGGGCCUCCAGCGUCUUCCCCAUCCUCAGUGUCACGCUGCUGUUCUUCGGCGGGCUCUGCGUGGCGGCCAGCGAGUUCCACCGCAGCAGACACAACGUCAUUCUGAGCGCCGGCAUCUUUUUUGUCUCUGCAGGGUUAAGCAACAUCAUCGGCAUCAUAGUGUAUAUAUCGGCCAACGCUGGAGACCCGGGGCAGCGCGACUCCAAGAAAAGCUACUCGUACGGCUGGUCCUUUUACUUCGGAGCCUUCUCCUUCAUCAUCGCGGAGAUCGUGGGCGUGGUCGCCGUGCACAUCUACAUAGAGAAGCAUCAGCAGCUGCGCGCCAAGUCCCACUCGGAGCUCCUGAAGAAAUCCACCUUCGCCCGCCUCCCGCCUUACAGGUACAGAUUCCGGCGGCGGUCCAGUUCCCGCUCCACGGAGCCCCGCUCGCGAGACCUGUCCCCCAUUAGCAAAGGUUUCCACACCAUCCCCUCCACCGACAUCUCCAUGUUCACCCUCUCCCGGGACCCCUCCAAGAUCACCAUGGGGACCCUCCUCAACUCCGACCGGGACCACGCUUUUCUACAGUUCCACAACUCCACGCCCAAAGAGUUCAAAGAGUCGCUGCACAACAAUCCCAACAGGCGCACCACGCCCGUCUGA